CCACGUGACGCAAGUUCCCCGGUGCCUAACCCGGAAGCGGUCGUGCGCCUGGCCUAGGCCCCGGCGAGGGAUGGCGGAUUACGAGGGUGUCCAGCGCGCGCCGCUGCGGCUGAAGGGGAGCGGCGCGGCCCCGGCGCUUGGGAAGCGGAGGAAGAAGAAGGCGGCGGCUAAGGACAAAAGCAAAAUCCUGGAGCAGAUCGUGAGCAGUAAGAAGCAGGAGGAGGAGAAGAAGCGGACUCUGGAUAAGCGGACCCCUGCACAGCUUGCCUAUGAGAAGAUGCAAGAGAAAAGGCAAAUGGAAAGAAUACUGAAGAAAGCCUCCAAAACUCAUAAACAAAGAGUUGAGCCUGAAUUUGUCGGAUGUCAGCUUCCAGUCAUUGGAACUCAUUGAGAUUCACCAGCCCCCUGCUCUCAGAAAUCUCCUCCCCAAUAGGUCCCGACAGCCCACAGCUUUGAAAAUCACCACCAAGCACUCACCUAAGCGAACAAGUAGCAGCCAAGGGGGCUUGCACGUUCCGGGUUCUGAUGGCGCGUGAGGUGUGUUUGGUUUGUGCAGCCAGAGUAACAUGCGCACCCUCAUGCCUGUCACACAAGUCCUGAACACGCGGGAGCACCGGAGCGGGGCAAGCCCCUGACCCCGCUCUCCAGCAGGAGCGCCAGAAUGGGGCAAUGGAGCUCAAGGGCCAGAUUAAAAGGUUUUAUGGGUUGGACGCGGCCCACGGGCUGUAGUUUGCUCACCCCUGCUCCAAGCAGCAGAAAUGGAGGCAUUAAGAGACUUGUAUAUGAAGAGAAAAAUGGAGGAUUAGAACUGUCCUUGUUUUGGAGAGAAGACAAGGAUAUUAGUGAGGUAUAUAAAAUAGGUGAUAUAGAAAGAUAAAUGUGAUAUUUCUUUGUAAUCUCUUUAAAUACAGGAAAAGGGGAAUAGUGAAUGAAAUUGAAAGGGAACAGAUUUACAACUGAUAAAAGAAAAGUAAUCUGUGUAGCUCACAACCAUAUUGAAAUCAAGAGUUUUUACCUGGAUCCAAAAAAGGAUUAGCCACCUAUAAGGACUUCUUAAAUGAUACAAGGUCAAAAGCCAACCACUUGAUGGAAAAUUAGGUAGAAACUUUCCUUCGGGGCAUUCUAUUUCAUAACUGUCCAUUGUGGGGUUUCUUGCCCCUUUCUCUGAAGCAUCUGUUCAUUCCCUCUGAAGCACCUGGCAUUGGCCACUGUUGGAAAACAGAAUACUGGGCUAGAUGGACCAUUGGUCUGACCCACUAUGGCUGCUCUUAUGUUCUUAUCUAGUACUGGCAGACAGGAUACUGUACCAGUUGUGCUACUGGUUUGAUCUGGAAUUGCCAAGUAUAAACGUGGAGGAGGAAAUAGCAAGGUCAAGUAUGUCAGUAAUAUGUAUCUUAAAAUACUUUUUUUU